AUGUCUUCGCCGUGCCAGAAAGGUGGAAUGCGACUUAGCGAGGCCUUGGAUAACAUGCAGCUGGCUUACAAUCCUAUAACAAAGCAAUUGCAUUUCGUGAGUCCUAAAAUUGAGAAACCUCCAGAAGAUGCAAUAGAUGACAUUGAUAAGUUGUCCAAAAAAAGUAGUUUCAGUGAUGAAGGAAAUUUCUCAAUAUCAACUUGUGAAAAAAGUGAUACAAGUGACAGUCCUAAGAGCACUUUGCAGUGGGGUGGCAGUGUAAGUGGACAUCAGCGUGGCAAAGACGGUGGAUCGUUUUCAAGUACAGUGUCGAGUCUGUCAGAGUGUUCCCUUGGGUCCAGUGCAUCGAGAGAAGAUGAAAUAGGUUAUGCAAACACAGAAGAUCAGUCACAUUCGAAACUGAAGAAGAAAGGCCUGUCAGGAUUCUUUAGCAGAGGCGUAUUUCCCUGGAAGAGCAAUUCCAAGAGUCAGGAGAGUCAGUCAUCCACUUGGAGACUGUUCGGCAGCAAAUCCUCGCAGAACUUAUCCGCGAAGACUCUUAAUUCGGAGGCGCAAAUAUCUCUGACACCCGUCUCCUCAGCUUCGAACACGCCGCACCAUCACAAGAGACAGGGCAGCUCCGCUAGUGAAAAGCAAUUCGAGGACCUCGUUGCUAGUUCCAUAGCGUUAAUACAGCAUGAUAGACCGUCAAACUUGCCAGCGAAGUGCACUGAAGAGGCCUUACGCCAUAAAGCGGAGCACGCACGGAUGGUGGAAGCGGCUAGGAGGCGUGUGGAGCGCGAGGUGGCAGCGAGACACGCCAGGCUGCAAGAGUCUAUAAGGCAGGAGGAACGGCUCGCGAGACACGCCCGCGAAUGGACACAGACCAUCUUACCCGAUUGGCAGAACAUGAAGAAUUCUAAGCGGACUCUUGAGCUGUGGUGGAGCGGUCUUCCGCCAUCGAUACGUGGUAAAGUGUGGCAACUGGCGAUAGAAAACAAACUGAAAAUCUCUCAUGAUAUAUACCAGGAACUAGUAGCGAAAGCAAAGAGGAAGCUCCACGAAGCUCAGAUGAGAAGGAAACGAUUAAAGGUCAAUCAGGACUGCGACUGCAAGCAAUCACAAGAGACGACAGAUAAAAAAGUCAAAACUGACGAAUGCGAGAAGCCCAGAUUAAGUAUACCGAGGAACUUGAGCGAGCAGAACCUAAAGUCGCAAGUGACGGAGCCAGUGAAGAAGUGUUGCUCGAAAUCGAACCCUAACUUGUUGGAGUACAGCGACGAGUGUUCUAUGGAGCUGAUCCAGUUGGAUAUUGCGAGGACGUUCCCGCAUCUGUGUAUAUUUCAACCGGGUGGACCUUAUUUUGAUGUGCUCCAUGAAUUGUUGGCGGCGUAUGUCUGCUACAGGCCUGACAUCGGCUAUGUACAGGGUAUGUCAUUCAUCGCGGCGGUGUUGAUCCUGAACAUGGAGGCGCCCAGUGCGUUCGUGUGCUUCGCCAACAUGCUCGACGGGCCAGUGCUGAGGGCCGCCUUCGCACGAGACGGACAAGCCAUGCAGCGUUUGUGGAAGGCUUAUACGACGUUGCUGCAGCACAACUUGCCGUCGUUGGCGGGCGCGGUGGCCCCGGAGCUGUACCUGGUGGAGUGGCUGUACACGGCGUUCGCUAAGGCGAUGCCGCUGGACGCCGCCUGCCGCGUGUGGGACGUGUUCCUGCGGGACGGGGACACGUUCCUCUUCAACACUGCACUAGGUGUCCUCCACUUAUAUCAAGAUGAACUGAAAGAUAUGGAUUUCAUAGCUGCCGCCCAGUUCCUAACGAAACUGCCCGAAGACUUGGACCCCGAAGCUCUAUUCAAGAGUAUAUCCUCCGUGUCCAUGACUCUGGACGGUAUGACGUUUGAAGAAUUAGCAUCGUGCUGCGAGGUGGACAGCCUGGAUGACGACGUGGUGAGGUUAUGA